GGCCUGAGGCCGGAGCCUGGCCCCGCGCUACAGCUCGGCCGAGCCCGGCCGCGCCCCCGCCCAGCCCGCAGACCGCCGCCGCGGGCGCGCCCCCGCUCUGCGCUGUCUCCGAUGGCGUCCGCCUCCGGGGCCAUGGCGAAACACGAGCAGAUCUUGGUCCUCGACCCGCCCACAGACCUCAAAUUCAAAGGCCCCUUCACAGAUGUAGUCACUACAAAUCUUAAAUUGCGAAAUCCAUCAGACAGAAAAGUGUGUUUCAAAGUGAAGACUACAGCACCUCGCCGGUACUGUGUGAGGCCCAACAGUGGAAUUAUUGACCCAGGGUCGACGGUGACUGUUUCAGUAAUGUUACAGCCCUUUGAUUAUGAUCCAAAUGAAAAGAGCAAACACAAGUUUAUGGUACAGACGAUUUUUGCUCCACCAAACACUUCGGAUAUGGAAGCAGUGUGGAAAGAGGCAAAACCUGAUGAAUUAAUGGAUUCUAAAUUGAGAUGUGUAUUUGAAAUGCCGAAUGAAAAUGAUAAAUUGGGUGUAACUCCACCAGGGACAGCUCCGCCCGUCAGCUUGGUGAACAGAGCCAGCAACACAGCUGCAGCACCCGCCACUCAUCCCAGGACGAGCGAAGCCAGGAAACUCAGUGUGCUGGCACAGGAGAAGCAGAAGAACGAUAUGGAACCUAGCAAAGCUGUCCCGCUGAAUGCAUCUAAACAAGACGGACCCAUGCCAAAACCGCACAGUGUUUCACUCAGUGAUACUGAGACGCGGAAGCUCAUGGAAGAGUGUAAAAGACUUCAGGGAGAAAUGAUGAAGCUGUCAGAAGAAAAUCGACACCUGAGAGAGGAAGGCUUAAGGCUCAGGAAGGUAGCACAUUCGGAGAAGCCUGGCUUGCCCUCGGCCACGUCCUUCAGAGACAACGUCACCAGUCCUCUCCCCUCACUCCUCGUUGUGAUCGCAGCCAUCUUCAUCGGGUUCUUUCUAGGGAAGUUCAUCUUGUAGAGUGAAGCAUGCAGAGUGCUAUUCCUUUUUUUUUUUUUUUCUCUUGACCAGAAAAAGAUUUGUUUACCUACCAUUUCACUGGUAGUAUGGCCCUCAGUGACCAUUUAUUUGUGUGUACAGCGUCAAUACAGGCUUUGCCUCUAAUGAUCUCUUAUGGUUAGAAAACAGUAAAAACUGUUGGCUGCUGGACAGGUUGUCUAUCACCAAGUCAUCACUAGCAGGGUCAGUGGCACACUCAGUCCUUCAUGAAAUUCAUAAUAAAGAAUUGUUUUCUUUGUGGUUUUAAUAAGAGUUCAAGAAUUGUUCAGAGUCUUGUAAAUGUUAUUUUAAUAAUCCCUUUAAAUUUUAUCUGUUGCUGUUACCUCUUGAAACAUGAUUUAUUUAGAUUGCUAAUAUCACUCAUUCAGGAAAUGCCAAGAGGUGUUCUGCGGGGAAAUGGUGCCUCUUACCGUGUACGUUUUCUCCUUUACCUUUGCUAAUAUCAUGGCAGAAUUUUUCUUACCCUUGUGAGGCAACUGUUCACUGAGUUUUUCAUCCUUACAAUCCUGUCCCAUGGUAUUUAACAUAAAAAAUAAAACUGUUAACAGAUUCUUGCUCGAUAGCUUGAUUGUGUCUGUGUUGUCAUUAGAGGGUGUCAGGAAGGCCACGGUGUGGUGUUUGAAAUUUAAAAUGCAUAAUUUUCUCCAGCAUUGAAACUCUUCCUUAUAGGUAGUACAGUAUUUAUAAUUAAAAGUCCUCAUUCUAUUAAGGAAAAUCAUUGAUAAAAUUUUAACUUGCCUUUGGAAAAUCGUAAUUGGUUUGUUUUCAAGAAAUACAGGCAAAUGCAAUGAAAAUAAAAGUGCUACAACUUUAGUGAGUAUAUGUGUGUCCCCAGGCCACUUGAUAAACGCAUUCUUCAUCGGGUUCUUUUGGUGUCUUCACCGAGGACAUACUCCAGGUUUUCAAGUAUUUACCCAGCCUAAUAAUUCUUACUACUUCACACACGUUUCAUAAUAGUCAAAAGUAGCUGUUUUUUCCUGUCCAAGUUGACACUCAGAUUUUCAUUAUGGAAAUUUUGUGUUACUGAGCAAGCCUUGGAGAUUUUUUUUUGUGAAAAGUGAUCUUUUCCUUUGCAAAUCUAUUAAGCACAUGAAACACAUUGUCCAUGUGAAUAUUCCUUGCAGGGGCCAAUACUUUCUUGUACUUAGUCUUCUGUCUUCAUUUACUGAAUUCAUACUAGGUUGGAAAGUUUUGGAACCAGGGAACAUAGCUGAGUGCAUUCUAAUACAACUGAAUUUUUAUUCUUGGAAAUUAGUGUUAGCUUUGUGAAAGGAAUUUGAGUUUUGAGACUCUGUGUGGUGCAGUGAAGCGUGGUAGCCCAGGUCUGCAUACACAUCUUUAAAAAAGUGAAGUGUCCUGAAAUAAUUUGGCUGUUUCAUUUCAGAUGUGUUUUGAGUUUGUCAGAUCACGUGUGUUGUGUUCUUGUGCUCUGAUAGCUUUUUAUAAAACCUCUUGCUUGUGAGCAAAAGUUACUAAAGCAAACACGAGUAAUUCCUAGUCAGUACUAGCAUGCUGCUGCUGGUACUGUUUCCAUUGCUGUAUGAUUUACUGUUAUUGUAAACCCCUUCUUUUCUGAUAACUGGAAAAGCAUGCUGAAAAAGUUGUAUUUCCAUCCCAUACACGCAGUCAGUAAUUACUUGGCCUGAAGCUCUCUUAUAUAUAACUGUCAUCAUUGAUAAGUAUCAAGCUUGAUAUUUCAUAAAUACCUUUUAAAAUGUUUUUCAGUUUUCAACAGUUUAGCAAAAUCCUGUUUUAUGGGAAUGCUCCUUAGGAUUCAUUUUGUUCAGCUCCUUUGUUUGUAGUUGAGGGAAGAAUCGGAGGCCUUCUGAGGGUUUGGGAGAACUUUCCUCUCUCCUGCAGGUAGGUAGAGACAAAGCUGGCGUUAGCGUUCUGACUCCUGACUCCAGCUUUGUCUUUACUGGCAACUUUGUAGGAAAGGAAUUGUCCUCAUUUGAAAGACAGCUGAAAUAGUGAACAUAAGAUGCUAUUUAAUAAGUGGUCGUGAGAUUUUCUGUCAUAAGACCGUAUUUACAGGCCUGCUGUGUCUCAUGUAUGUAAUGUAGUGUUUAGGUUAGCAAUGCCUCCCACAUGGGCCAUAGACAUUACUGUGUAUUUUUAGGAGGCAUUUUGAGAAAAACUGUAGUCUUUGUUAGCAUCUUGAGAAGUAAAUGUGGGUUUCUUAACUGUAUCAGCAGAUGCUUUGAUUGGUUAGGACUUUUUAAUUGUUCUGUGAAAUGUGAUCAGGUUAUUUUACUACCAAUACUUAAUGCUUUCAGAAGAGUCUGCCUGUACUAACUGGCUGAUGAUUUAUGAAUUGUUCAUCGUAUGUUCAGAAAUGUUUGCUUUGUCGAUCUGCUUACUGGUGUAUGUAAGCAUGGGGGUUUACACUGUUGCUAGCACUGAAAUUUCAACCAAGUUAACUUAAGGCCUUAAGUUCACAUGUGAUGCUAAAUACACUACUUUCCUUCAUUCUUUCUAGAACUAAUGUACCUUAAUUUUGCCCAAUUGUGUAUUUACAAGAAGCAAAUUUAAGAAUUGUGUUCUGAGUAUGGUAUAUUAUCUUUAAAGGAAAGAAGAGAGAUGACACUUGGAGAAAAAUAUCCGAUUCAGAAAUUCUGGUCAAAGAAAUAAUAUUCUUAAUUUUUCUUCGGUGAAAAGUUCUGAAAUUGAUAUUACAGUAUAUGAAAAGGGAAUACUUUGGGCUGUACUCUGAAAAUAUGAUACUGCUUUGAAAAAGAAUUAUAACACUUGUUAAAAAUAAGAACAGAUCACGGAGUAUGUCUCUAAAUUGUGAUCUACUUUAAAAACCCUUAAAUGAUAGUUUCCAUAGAGCUUUGCACAUUCCUAUUAAUGACUUUGGUGUGUGCAUAGAUUUUAAACAUUGACCUUUAGGAGGGUUAGGGAAAGAGCAAUGCUUAAUAGUAUGGAAAAACAAAAUCAGAAGAUAGGCUUAAUAGUAUGGAAAAACAAAAUCAGAAGAUAUAAGCGAUCUUUAUUUUCUAGCUUUCAAGGGAAAUUAAACUAUUGUGAGUAAAUAAACUGUUUGAAAAUGUGGUGAAGUGUCAUUUUCCUUUCCACAAUAAAAACAAAUUUUAUUUCAA